AUGUAUCUCCGGUGUCAGUUUUACUGGGAUCUCACCAUGCUCCUCCUGAUGGUGGGAAAUCUCAUCGUCAUCCCCGUGGGCAUCACCUUCUUCAAGGACGAGCACACGCCGCCGUGGAUCGUCUUCAACGUGGUUUCCGACACCUUCUUCCUCUUGGACCUGGUGCUGAACUUCCGCACGGGGAUCGUAAAGGAGGACAACGCGGAGAUCAUUCUGGACCCUCAGCGGAUCAAGAUCAAAUAUCUGCGCUCGUGGUUCGUGGUGGACUUCAUCUCCUCCAUCCCCGUGGACUAUAUCUUCCUCAUUGUGGAGACGCGCAUCGAUUCGGAUUUCUACAAGACGGCGCGAGCUCUGCGCAUCGUACGCUUCGCGAAGAUCCUCAGUCUGCUGCGACUUCUGCGACUCUCGCGGCUCAUACGCUACAUUCAUCAGUGGGAGGAGAUUUUCCACAUGACCUAUGACCUGGCCAGCGCAAUGGUGCGGAUCGUUAACUUGAUUGGGAUGAUGCUGUUGCUCUGUCACUGGGACGGCUGUCUGCAGUUCCUGGUGCCCAUGCUGCAGGACUUCCCCUCAGACUGCUGGGUGUCCAAGAACAAGAUGGUGAACGACACGUGGGGUCAGCAGUAUUCUUACGCUCUCUUCAAGGCCAUGAGUCACAUGCUGUGUAUUGGAUAUGGCAUGUAUCCUCCAGUCGGCAUGACGGACGUGUGGCUGACCAUCCUCAGCAUGAUCGUGGGUGCCACCUGCUACGCCAUGUUUGUGGGCCACGCCACGGCGCUGAUCCAGUCGCUGGACUCCUCGCGCAGGCAAUAUCAGGAAAAGUACAAGCAGGUGGAGCAGUACAUGUCCUUCCAUAAGCUUCCAGCAGACAUGAGGCAGCGGAUCCACGAUUACUACGAGCACAGAUACCAGGGGAAGAUGUUUGAUGAAGAGAGCAUUCUGGGAGAACUGAAUGAGCCACUGAGAGAGGAGAUCGUGAACUUCAACUGUCGGAAGCUGGUGGCGUCGAUGCCGCUGUUCGCCAACGCGGAUCCCAACUUUGUGACGUCGACGCUCACCAAACUUCGCUUCGAGGUCUUCCAACCUGGAGAUUACAUCAUACGGGAAGGAACCAUGGGGAAGAAGUCGUCCGUGACGCGCGGAGAAGAGCUGACGGGGCGCUUCGAGACGUCUGCUGAAGACGGAGCUCAUGGGAGAUUCAUGAGUGUGUGGCUGAAGCACUCGGAGUAA